CCUUGAUCUUUUCCCGCGUGCCGUGUGGCCUCUGUUAUUAUGACCUUCCUGAUGGAUCACGAGAGUACCCCCUCGCCGUGAUGGUCGCUAACCUUGCAAAAUUGACACAGGAUAAGCCCGAAAUCAUGAGGCAUGACAACUUUCUUCCACAAGAUGGGACAUGUCUUCCAGGGGCUGCUGAGCCGAACUUAUUUCUCGAGGUUCCAUGGCACUAGGUCGGUCCUCUUCCCCUUAACGUUAUGCAGAAAUGAACUCUCUGUGGUGUGGCGAGGGAUUUCAUUGAGGCCCCUUCUCAGGUGUUGGAAAAACUGGUGCUGGGAGCCAAAGGUUCUGCAAAAGAUGUCCAGUCAUCAAGAGGCCGGCCAACCUUUAUUGCCUGAGCUUAUUGACAAACUCAUCAAAAGCCGGUACGUCACCUCCGACAGCUCUUCUUCGUCAAAUUCGACAUCAAAGUACAAACGGAUCAAGAGGAUGCGGACUAUAGUGAACUCUGGAACGAACUCAGGGAGUGCAUUUUGCUAGUCAAGGUCGGCGAACCAUGCCCUGGACACGAUAUAUUUUACGCAAGUUCAGCUUUGGCGGAGCAUGAUCUAGGUCCUUCCGGUCACAUUACGGGGGGUUACGAUGCAGGUUACUACGGGUAGGACAUUCAUUUAUCUGAGGGGAUAAAAGCGUUGCUGUAUCA